AUGGGUUCCGUCCCUACCCAUAGCAGAGGGAAAUGGCUCAUAACCGAACAACCAGUGUCGUUGGCCACGGUGCUGUACAACGGCCAGAGUGCUAGCGCUAGCCAGUACUCCGAGUUCCUAAUGAGGGAUAAUCAGGCACCAGAACACCACGCUAGCUACCAACCGGAAACCUCCACAUCUGGCUGUGGAGAUGCUGCUGCUGAAUCCUCCCCCCGACCGGUUGUCACCAUAGUCCACCGGGGUAACCCUCGAAUUCCUUUAGGGCAGUCGAAGGAGUAUUUGUUUGGUGUUAACUACUUGGAGCCAAACAAGAUAACCAAAUAG